CCCGCGGGGACCGGAAGCGGAAGCGGUCCGAAGAUCUGAGGAACCGGAGGCUGAGUGGGAGCGAGGCUUUUUUUACCAAACCUUUUCCAUGAAUUAAUUUGAAACAUCUUGAGUGCUGUGUACACUUCUGUAGUGUUUAAAGAACUGGGUAAGAAGGAUCGUGCAGUGGGGACCAUGGAGGAGUCUCACUUCAACUCCUCGUACUUCUGGCCUGCGGUUCCCACUGUCUCUGGACAGAUUGACAACUCCAUGUUUCUGAACAAAAUGAAGGAGCAACUUAUCCAAGAGAAGGGCUGCAAUUUGGGGUCCCAUUAUCCUACUCUUCUGACUGUUCCCACUUCUGUAUCCUUACCUGCUGGGAUAAGUGUGGAUGGAGAUAAUAAAGUGGAAGUUCACGGAAUCCCUCAUAGCCAGGCUUCAGUCACACAAAACAUCACUGUGCUGCCUGUACCUACCACCGGCCUCAUGACGGCAACUGGCCUGGUGAUCACAUCUCCGUCUGGCUCGUUGGUCACUACUCCAUCAUCUUCAGGUCAGACGUUUCCCAUCUCUGCCCCAAUGAUUGUGUCCACACUCCAUGGCUCCCAGACUCUGCAGGUCGUGUCUGAGCUCACAAAAACUAAAAUUCAAGAAGUAGGAAUCACAGGGAUACAAAAAAGUGGCCGUGGUAGAAAAAAGAAACGCCUUCCAGAACCUACGCUCCCUCACCUCAAUGAUCCCUAUGACCUUUCUAAUGAGGAUGAGGAUGAUCAUCACAAGGAUGGAAAGACCUAUCGAUGCCGCAUGUGCUCACUAACAUUCUUCUCGAAGUCAGAGAUGCAGAUUCACUCCAAGUCUCACACGGAGGCCAAGCCCCAUAAGUGCCCGCACUGUUCUAAAACCUUUGCCAAUAGCUCAUACCUGGCCCAGCAUGUGCGUAUUCACUCAGGGGCGAAGCCGUACACCUGCAGCUACUGUCAGAAGGCCUUUCGCCAGCUCUCUCACCUCCAGCAGCACACACGGAUCCACACGAAGGUGCCUAAUGUUGUAUCCAAGCCCCUCAAGUGUCCGCACUGCUCCAAAACCUUCGCCAACGGCUCCUACCUGGCCCAGCACGUGCGCAUCCACUCGGGGGCCAAGCCCUACAACUGCAGCUACUGUCAGAAGGCCUUCCGCCAGCUCUCUCACCUCCAGCAGCACACACGGAUUCACACUGGAGACAGACCAUACAAAUGCGUACAUCCAGGCUGUGAUAAGGCAUUCACCCAGUUAUCUAAUCUUCAGUCUCACAGAAGACAGCACAACAAAGAUAAACCAUUUAAGUGCCACAACUGUCACCGAGCGUACACGGACGCCUCUUCUCUGGAAGUCCACCUGUCUACGCACACUGUCAAACAUGCAAAAGUCUAUACUUGCUCCAUCUGCAGUCGUGCAUAUACUUCGGAGACGUACCUGAUGAAGCAUAUGAGGAAGCACAAUGCUCCAGACACCCAGUCAUCUCCACCUACACAGGUCCUGACCUCGCAGGGGCAUUUUACUCCUGUGUCUCAAGCACCCACAUCUGAUGGACCCCAAUGCUCAUUCGACAUGAAUCCCUUCAAAACUGACCAUCAUAAGGACUUAUGUCUGACAGUCUCCACCACCGCCAUUCAAGUCGAACAUCUCACCAGCUCCUAGUUGUUUUUCAGGAGCCUAAAUGUCUGGGGAAGAAUUGUGAACCAGACCCAGCGAGGAGAGUGAGAUUGGGGAUUCUGGGUCAGCCUCAACUUGGGCGGGUGGGGGGAAGGAAAGGACAUUUGAAUCCCAAUAUGGGAGGUGUGAGAGGCUGAAUCAGGGUUUCUCUACAACAUGAUGAAGGAAAGGACUGCUGUGCGGCAGCCUCAGCAUGGAGAAAUUCAUGACAACUUCAAAUAGUCAUGAUGGAAAGUACUGCCAAAGUCUGGUUCAGACCAGGUGGAAAGUCUGUGAGACCUCAAAAGUUAGUCUCUCCUGACAUUGAACAAGUGGCACGAUUAAGCUGCGCUGCACAUGCAGUGCCACCUCCCACAGGCUGCGCUGCACACUCCUUACCACAUCCCACAUUGCUAGUUUCAACUUCCCACAGGUUAUGAUGCACUCCCAGUUUCCACCUCCCAAGGCUGUAGAGUCUGUCUACUGUAACACAGCCCUGUAUCCGCAAAUGAAGAUUAAGUGAACAGCACCUAGUGAUCUGGGAAUUCAUAGAGCUAUUUGUGUGGGCACUGUGGGGUGCAUUUUGACAGCAUGUGAGGAAGAUGCACUGUGUAGUGCUGCAUGGAAGGCUCUGGCAGUGUCUCUCGUUGGGGAGGCUGCUCAGCGCAGUGCCACACCGUGGAGAGCCAGUGGCGCGCAGUGUGUGAGGAGGCUGCAAUUUGCAGUGCCACAUGAAAUACUGUGGUGGGCAGUGCCACAAAGCAGGAACUGCCUAUAUGCUGAAUUUGUUGAAGGCAAGAGCAUUUAAGCAUAUUAGACUUUUCUUUUUAUACCCUGAAAAUAAAAUAGAUAUUUGGGAAAUGGGGGGAGGGGGGGUUUGUCUGUUAUUAUGUAUUAUUUUAUCCUUAUUUGGUCCCUCCGUUACAUCCUCCUGGAAGCACACUGCAAAUACAAAGGGGGCGUGAUUAGUACAGACACCACCCAUGUGGGCAGAAUCCUGGUUAUUGGAGUGACGUUCUGCGUUCAAACUUAUAUUAGCUAGAUCUGCUAAUCUUUCAGAGAAGGGGCAAUAAAGCCUUUUAUCCUGAAUAGGCUUAUGUAUAAAUAUAUACCGAACAAAAUGUGUAUAUAUACAUAUAUCCACUGUAGCCUAAUUACUGGUAUUGUUUUUGUUUUAUUUUUUUAUUUUCCCCAGUGGUAGGGAGGGUGGCUGCAUAUUAUGGGCAUGGGGAGGUUGUGGUGGGGUGUCUGUGUUAAAUGAGAUGGCAUCUUCUGCGUUUUCGACAGCUAGGUUUUCUGUCCUGUUUUACUUUUCCUUCUUACAUACUCCUUUUUACUGCUUCUCCAAUAUAAUAUUUGUUUAGACCUUGCAGCUUUGUCUGAUAGUGUCUCCUCAACCAGCCUGAUCUUCUGCCUGUGUCCAUUGAAUGUAUAUUUAUUGAAUGUGGUUGUGUUCACAAUACUUCUCUCUGAGGAUUACUUACAUGUUAUGAUGAUCUCAAUGGACUCUAACCCACCAACCACAUCUGAUGUUUCUCUUCUUCCUUCAGUCUUUUAUGGUGCCUGUCUUUACCUUCUCUUGCAGCAUUGCUUUCCAGUCCUGUCUUGCUUUUCACCUCCACCUCUUUCCACUGCCUCCCCCUCCAUAAAACCAAACUUGGGCUUAGGACAAAUCCAAAUGUUACAACAAUGAAAGGGGAUACUCACCAUGAAUUAGAACCAUUUUUACCCCUGUUUCUAUUAUAUUGUAUAUAAAUAAACCUCUGUAUACAGUGUA